CUCUGUUGGAACGACCCCAGACCUGGAGCUCCCAGCGGAUGGAGCAUAUCCUUAUCUGCUGCGUGUGUCUGGGAGACAACAGCGAAGAUGCGGAUGAGAUCAUCCAGUGUGACAACUGUGGUGUGACCGUGCAUGAAGGUUGUUAUGGUGUCGAUGGUGAAAGUGACUCUAUCAUGAGUUCGGCCUCGGAGAACUCGACAGAACCGUGGUUCUGUGACGCGUGCAAGAAUGGCGUCACACCCAGCUGUGAGCUCUGUCCCAGUCAGGACGGCAUCUUCAAAGAAACUGAUGCGGGGAGGUGGGUGCACGUGGUGUGUGCCCUUUACGUUCCAGGGGUCGCAUUUGGAGACAUUGACAAGCUGCGACCUGUGACACUCACAGAGAUGAACUACUCAAAGUAUGGAGCAAAGGAGUGCAGUUUGUGCGAAGACACACGCUUUGCUCGAACAGGUGUUUGCAUCAGCUGUGAUGCCGGAAUGUGCCGCUCGUUCUUCCACGUUACGUGUGCUCAACGAGAAGGGCUGCUGUCUGAAGCUGCUGCAGAAGAGGUCAAGCGGAACAUGAGGAUGAUUCAGAUCCAGGACAACAUUGUGGAGCAGAAGAACCUUAAAGACAAGCUGGAGACUGAGCAGGAGAAGCUGCACAUGGAGUACAACAAG